AUGACGGUUACUAUUCCUUUGACUGAAACCAAUCUUUUCAAACCAAUCUCUAUUGGAGAUGUUAAGCUAAACCAUAGAAUUGUUCAUGCACCCACGUCAAGGAAAAGAUCUACUAAGGACAACUAUCCUACUGAUUUUAUGAUUGACUACUACAAAUCAAGAUCUCAGUAUCCUGGUUCUUUUAUCAUAUUUGAGUCCUGUUUGGUGUCAGAGAGAAGCGGUCUUGUACCUCAUAAAAUAGGGUUAUGGGAUGAAAAACAUUGUCUUGCCUUGAAACAAAUUGUUGAUCAAGUGCAUAAUAACAAUUGUGUUAUCAGUUGCCAAAUCAUGGCUAACGGAAGGACUUCAAAUGCCAAACUCAUGCAAAGUAAGAAUUUACCUAUUUUAGCUCCAUCAAUUACUUAUCCUAAUGAAGCUGCUGAGAAAUUAGCUACUGAAUUGAAUUUCCCAAUCAAGCCGUUAACAGUUGACGAAAUUCAUAAUAUCCAGGACGAUUUUGUUAAUGCUGCUGUUAAUUCAUUAAAAAUUGCCGAUUUUGAUUUUGUUGAAUUACAUGCCACAUCUGGGUUUUUGAUUGAGCAAUUUUUGUCACCACUUUCAAACAAAAGAACCGAUGAAUAUGGUGGUGAUUUGGUCAAUAGAUGUAGAUUUUUGAUUGAAAUUAUUGACAAGUUCAUUAAUCAUCCAGAUAUUGGGCCUAAGAAGUUUGGUGUUAGAAUCAGUCCAUGGUAUUCCCAUAAUGGAAUGGUGUAUCCGGAAGAAGUAAAUUUAGAGGAUGGUAUUCCGUAUCAAUUUUGUCAGUAUAUUUUGAAGCAAUUAGAGGUUAGAAAAUCUCAAGGAAAUGAAAUCGCCUAUGUUUCAAUUGUCGAGCCAAGAGUAUCUGGAAAUUCUGAUGUUGAUAGUUUUGGUGAUAAAUCGAACGACGAGAUAAUCAAAAGUUGGAGUGGUAAACUUAUUCGUGCUGGUGGUUAUGCUACUAAUUUUAAUGUUGAAAAUCCUACUUUAAUUAAAACCAAUAAACAGGUUACUAAUGAAGGUGGUGAAAUUGUUCAUUAUGCUAAUUUAAUUAAUGAUGUCAACAAUGAUGAUAGAACAUUAAUUGGAUUUUCAAGACCAUUUACAAGCAAUCCUGAUUUGGUAUAUCGAUUGGAAAACAAUUUGAAAUUAGAAUACUACGACAGGCCAACCUUUUAUACUCAAACAGGUGAAGGUUAUUUGACUUUCAAGAAUUAUGAUGGGUCUGCGGUGACUAAGUUGCCAGAGAAAGAGCUUAUGCGAGAGGGAAUCCUGUUGCAAUAA